AUAUAAUGGCGGGUUGGUUUCUGUCAUUGACAUCAACUGUCCUGAUUCAUACACAAUUGCUUCUUUUUGUUUGCUUUCUUUCUUCCCAAAGACGUUAAACCGAACCAAUUUAUCAAAAGAGUUGUUUUUUGGUUACUAAUACAUACCAUACAUGUAUUAUGAGGUGUUCGAAACUCUCACUUCUUUUUGCUUUUUAAAAGGGUUUCUAAAUCUUUGGAGUUCUGCAGAAAUAAAACUAAGCUUUUGAUGAAAGGGGCAGUUUCUUGGAAGGUUACAGACUUUAAAAAGCUCAAGUCUUUUCGUUUACCUUGUAAUUGGAAAGAAAAAAAAAGUCUCAGCCUUUGAUUCAUCUGAAUUUCUUAGAAUUCAGAAUUCAAUUUUGGUUUUUUUUUCUUUUAAAUUUCUCUUCAUGGGUGUUUUCUUUUACCUCUUGCAAAGUCGUGUCGAAGAAAAAUUCUGAUCACUAGUUUUGAACUCUCGAGACCCUCUCGGAUUCAGGACACGACACAACACCGGCUACCACUAAAUUUCAGUUUUGACUGGACUUCAUUUGUUGUUUGGUAAUGAAAUGAAUGACUGAAUGAAAACGAUGGCUGUGAUUUGAACUUGCGAAUAAUUGGACUGUUUGUGUGAAAUUUGUGAGAGGUUCUUUAUAUAGGUGAAGCUAAAGGCUCCAUAAGCAUCAGAAACCAUUAUAACAUUCUUUGUUCUGGAAAUCAAUGGCGGAAGAGGACCUCAAAGAAUCUCCAACCAGUUCGCCAAGGAAUCAUCUUUACAUCCUCUUCAAGGAUGUCAGAUCAGUUCUGAAAUUAGACGAGCUCGGGUUAGAGAUUGCGCGAAUAGCUUUACCUGCAGCACUUGCUUUGACAGCUGAUCCUAUUGCUUCUCUUGUCGACACAGCUUUCAUUGGCCAGAUCGGUCCAGUAGAGCUUGCAGCUGUCGGGGUUUCUAUCGCCUUGUUCAAUCAAGUUUCAAGAAUCGCGAUAUUCCCGCUCGUUAGCAUCACGACGUCUUUCGUGGCCGAGGAAGAUGCUAAUAGUUCAUCGAGAGGAACCGGGAAAGAUAGUGAAUGCUUGGAAACUGGUUUGAAAGCGAAUGAAGAGAAUCAAGAACUGAUUCCCCAUAACGAUUCUAUGACGGGUGAAUCAAGAUCUGUACAUACGCCUAGCAGUAGCUUCAGUGUUACUAAGAUUCCCGACAAAAAACGAAAUAUUCCAUCAGCCUCGUCUGCAUUGAUCAUCGGAAGCAUCCUCGGCCUUCUACAAGCCGUACUUCUGAUCUCCGCUGCGAAACCUCUUCUAAGUUUCAUGGGAGUUAAACAUGAUUCACCAAUGCUGAAACCGGCUCAACAGUAUCUGACACUCAGAUCGCUUGGGGCACCAGCCGUUCUUCUCUCGCUCGCGAUGCAAGGCGUGUUUCGUGGAUUCAAGGACACCAAAACCCCGCUAUACGCAACUGUGAUUGGGGAUCUCGCAAACGUAAUACUCGAUCCGAUCUUCAUAUUCGUGUUUCGUCUCGGUGUCAGAGGAGCAGCCAUGGCUCAUGUUAUAUCACAAUACGUUAUUGCCGCCAUACUCUUGUGGAGACUGAUGGGUCAAGUCGAUCUCUUAAACCCGAGUACCAAACAUCUUCAUUUCGGAAGAUUCAUAAAGAAUGGUUUUCUUCUACUGAUGAGGGUUAUUGCCGUGACGUUCUGUAUAACCUUAUCCGCGUCGUUAGCCGCACGAGAAGGUCCUAGUCCAAUGGCCGCCUUCCAAGUUUGCUUGCAGGUCUGGUUGGCUACUUCGCUUCUUGCUGACGGAUUAGCAGUCGCUGGCCAGGCGAUAUUGGCGAGCGCAUUUGCCAAGAAGGAUCACAAGAGAGCUGCAGCCACAGCCUCUCGGGUACUGCAGUUGGGGUUGGUUCUCGGGUUGCUGCUCGCGGUUUUUCUUGGAGCAGGGCUUCGUUUCGGGGCAACGCUAUUCACGAAAGACGACGACGUUCUACGACUCAUCAGCGUUGGACUCCCGUUCGUUGCAGGCACUCAACCGAUCAACGCGUUGGCGUUUGUUUUCGACGGUGUGAACUUCGGGGCAUCAGAUUUCGGGUACUCGGCGGCUUCAUUGGUAAUGGUGGCUAUUGUUAGCAUCGUGUGCUUGUUCUUACUCUCGUCGGCUCAUGGAUUCGUUGGACUCUGGUUCGGCCUCACCAUUUACAUGAGUCUCCGCUCUGCCGUUGGCUUCUGGAGGAUUGGGACAGGAACAGGGCCUUGGUCUUUUCUCAGGAGCCCAUGAAUCUAAGGAUGGAUUUUUCUGUAAUCUAUUUUUUAGUGUCAUUGUGGUGCAUUGAAAGUAAAAAGAUUGGGCACCGAAAAUAUAUUUAUAUGCAAAUAAAAUUUGUGUAUUUAAAUA